AUGCCGCGAUACCAGCCCAAGUGGAUCGGGAUAAAUGUCUUGAUCCGAGAUCAGGUCUCUUUUCAGACCUGGCUGCUGAUCGGCGCGCUCCUCCAAUCCGCUCUCGUCCAUUUCGUUCGACCUCCAUACUCCUUCCUUCCCGCAAUCCUCUGCACCGCCUACAUCACCCUCACCUACCUCCUCGAAUCCUUCGGCUUCCUCGGUAAAUCUACCACCCCUCCUGUCAACUAUGGUCGUUUCACCGCUCAGCCCCCCACGGCAGAUACGGGCGUCACUGUCUUUCUCCUCGGCUUCCAGUCGUCCCAUCCCCUCAGGCUCAUGGCGCCGGGCACCAAGACCAUCGGCGACCACUUCAACCAUAUCUUUGAUGAAGCGGAGAAGAACCCGGAAGAGUCGGGGUUGCUGGGACGGUGUGGACCGCUUCUGGACGCGGCGGGCGAGGGGGGAAACGCGAUGUUUACGAUCAGCUACUGGAAGACCCAGAAACAUCUGAAGGAUUGGCAUAGUGGGGAGGCGCACAGUAAUGGAAUGAAGUGGUACUACAAGUCAAGAUCAAAGUACCCAUACCUUGGCCUCAUGCACGAGAUAUACGACUGUCCCGCUGGCAACUUCGAAAACGUCUACAUCAAUUUCCGGCCGUUUGGCUUCAGGCAGACCAAGUGGCUGGUGGAUGGGGAACAGGUGGCUGCGGAUAUCGAUGGUGGAGGGACGAAAAAGAUCGAGGAGAAGUUCGAGACCAAGUCGUAG